AUCAACAUGGCAUCCAUCAUUGAUUUGUGUUUGUAAGCGAACGCAAGUAACCGGCAAGCUAUAAAUUGUCUCAAAAUUCACACAUACUGUGAAAUUUGAGCAACUGUUUUGAGAAAAACAAUUUCAGCUUUGACCAGAGCACCUAAAUCUUCUUAAAAUGGCUGCACCACCACCAACUCUUUUAACAAAGCCGAAGUCAGAAAUGACCCCUGAAGAGCUGUCAAAGCGCGAAGAAGAAGAAUUCAACACUGGACCUUUGUCUGUACUCACACAAAGUGUGAAGAACAACACUCAAGUCCUUAUCAAUUGCCGGAACAACAAGAAAUUGUUGGCUAGAGUCAAAGCCUUUGACCGUCACUGCAACAUGGUCCUUGAAAAUGUUAAGGAAAUGUGGACCGAGCUUCCCAGAACCGGCAAGAGUAAGAAAAAGGCAAAGCCUGUAAACAAGGAUCGUUUCAUCUCCAAAAUGUUCUUGCGUGGCGAUUCAGUUAUUCUCGUCCUGAGAAACCCACUGGCCACCGCCGCAGGAAAAUAACCUGAAUUUUGUAUGAAGUGUCUGUUGCAUGUAAGUUUAAGGAGUAAAAUGUAAGUUAAAGGAAUAAAAUUCAUCUUUCAAUUUAAAAUUA